AUGGCUCCCGCUUGGCUCGACUCUCUCUCUGAGGAUUGGCCCUCCCAGGCUGGAUCUGAGACCUCGCCGUCCGCCCACCUGCCGCCUCUACGACCCAGCGAGAGUAACAGGACGCCCAACGGUAAAGGACCCGGCAGUCGCAUACCACUCCCUGUCAGUAGGAUACGACCAUCGAGUGCUGGAACCGACAAGAGCGGGAUCCUGAGCGAACGAAGUACGAACGAUGUCAACAUACCACUUUCAUCCUCACGAAGACCGACAACAAAGCUUUCCAGAGAUUUCAAACCGUCCGAGGAGUCGCGCCAAACUAGUCGCGCGAUUUCGGCCUCAACGAACGGCUCUGUCAUUCAUAACACGGUGCAGCAUAGGUCGCUGAAGUCAUCGCCAUUGAAGGAAGCCGGUAGCACUCCGGAAUGGAAGCGACGGCUGGUGUACGGCGAUGUUGCGUACGGCGAACAAAGGGACCUAUUUUGCUCUGCCGCAGCAGGCCUUGAGAACAUGUUCAAGCCACCAACACCACAGGACACCAGCCUGGCUGAUCAAAGUCCCCGGCACGAGUCGACGUUACCUUCGAGCCCGCCGUUCUUCCGCCAGGCAGACGAGACUGUCGCCGACGAGGGCGAGGAGUCCGAUGGCAGAAGCCAGAUGGAUCCAAGCCCCAGCCCGAGCCCCAGGAUACGACCGCCUCAGAUCAAUUACAGACCGACCGACGAUUCUAUCGACCAGAGCAAGCUUAGCGAGUUCAGCGCACAGCCCGACAGUAAUCAUCCCGAGCCGAGCGUAAAAGAAAGCAUACCCACAGCACCGACAUCAGUAUCGGGUCUCGCACCACCCAACGACGCGUCGCGGAAGACAAGCGGCCACAGUGUAAUCCGCAACGAAGAUUUCAGCCCUAUUGUCCUCACGCUAAUGCGCCCGAAGACCGAAGAUGGAGACGGUCACGCCCCUGCCGAACUCCCCGUCGACCAGCUCCGCGAUCGUCUUGAGAAGCUCCGCAUCGACCAGAUGCUCCUCAACCCACAGGGCGAACUCCAGUUCGACGCCGACGGCACGUUGGAGGAGCCUGAAAACGACCAGGUAGAAACCACCGAGGAUUACGCUCGUCGUGGAGGCUUUCUGAACUUGCAGCGCGGAGGCAGAUCUGGCGAUGGAUCGUUCAAAUAUCGAGGCCUGAGUCCUGGUAUGGGUGUUGAUACUUCUGAGAUGCUCCCCGAAGAGUCUCUCCAAGCCAGCACUCCAAAGCAGUUUCCUAGCGUAAGGACCUAUUCGCCAGGCCAUGGAUCAAUGAGAUUUGGCACACAGAGCCCUCCGCCGCCCCGCGCACCUUUCCCCAGUCCCGAAAAGCGGGGGGCUACCAAUAGCGCAACGAGCCCGUUGAAGCUUUUCGGGCCAUACGACACGUUCACCAACCAAACUUUACUUCGCCGCAUCAGCCAAUUCGAAGAUCAGAUGUCGGGCUCCUCUCGCCAGUCAUUAAGCGGCGCCUACUCCGCUGAUCCGUCCCGCCUUAGCGAGAAGCAGAGGCCCCAUACAGCACCUGUUGGAUAUUUGUCUGUACCAGCACAACAGACAGCCGCGAGUUCACGGUCUGUCAGUCAGUUCGGCGCCGGAGACCUUGAGGGAUACCAAUUCAACCAAGAUAUCUCCAUUCGGCACGACGACGAGGAAUCCCAAUUCAACGAAGAUGACGACUUUGAAGGCCUCUCCGGGUUUGAGGAGUCUGUGAUGCGCUUUGCCAACGUGACAGGCUCGCCAGGACAGGACGAAUCAAUGUUUAUCCCCAGAAAGCGGGCGAAAUCAGGAACUACAUCAGCUUCAUCAUCCAAACACACCCCGGCAUUCUCGUCAGGAAGUGAAGGAAGUGUUCAGAGGGCGAACGUCCACUUCCCGUUGGAUGACUCUCUCCUCCUCGGAACUCCUCAUCGGCGCGACACCGGCUCGGAAGGUAAGAGGCCACGAACCUCACCGUCGAAAGACCCAACCCCUAAGCGGAGGAGGACAUUACACAAGUCCGACAUCGCGUAUGGACGAGAGGAACGCUACGACGCAUUGGAACCGGUACAGGAGUCCCAUUUUUUGAUGCAGAGUAUGAUGGGGAAGAAGCGUAAGGAUGCGCGUCCCGGUAGCUUGCAGCAACGAGCGCAUCCCAGCGUUCUCGCAACGCGUCACAUCCUUCGUCCACGAACACCUACGCCGAGCUCAAGAUCGUCUCUGCAGAGAGAUGAGUACUUUGAGGAAGACUUCCUGAUAGAGGAGCCGCCCCAGCGCCGAUCGCCCACUCGUGCUUCCCAGCUCACGGGGAGUGCCAACGACCGCAGCGGCGCGCUCGACACGGACCGGAAACCAUCCAUCAGAACUCAAGACUUCCUGGACGAGGCUGGUAAGAUCAUGGCGAUGAUUCGAAACGGUGCCAAGGCCCCUAGCGGGCUGACGAGCGUCGAGGAAUCCGACGCCGAGUUUGGCGAGCCAAGCCCGGUAUUUGACGAGGACUCGUACGAAGAGUCGACCCGGGAACCGCUCUCACGGCCGCCCAGCCGGGAAGGGAAACCCGUGCAGAGGGCACCGCAAAGACAGGAGAACCCGGAGAUCCUUGAUUACCUGAAAAAGUACCAGGAGUUGAGCGACAUGGGUGAUGUCAUCUCCUCGUCUCUCAGGUCUAUGGACCAGGCCCAGGACGCAAUCCGCAUGGCGCAAGAGGUCGAGCGCCAGCUUGAGGAGAGGAGCCGCCAGAGGGCAAAUACUGCGGAGCUCCAGUACCUUGGUGGAGACGAGACCAUCAGCGAUCCUCCCAACAUCCGCAUCAGCGCCAAUCCGAACAAGCAAGCCGGCGACUCCAUCGACGCAGACGAGUUUCCUACGCAUUCUUCCGGCGCGUCGACAAAUCGCACUAUCCACACGGGUUCCUCCCACAACUCGGAGUCGAGGAAAACAAUCGCUCCUCAAAGCGUGUCUCAUUUGAUUCCAGACCAGGUCGGCAGCAUGUACCUCGACCGUCAGCAAAAUAUUUGGAUCAAGAGGAAGGGUGGAAGUGUUCGUCCUAGAAGUGCACACUCUCACUCCCAUGUUCUUGGAUCGGAAGACAGUGAGGAUGAUCCUUUCGCCAGCAUUCCAGAUCUUUCUGUCGACAUGACCAAGGAGAUGCAGAACUUGCGACUCGCAACGGCCCAGAAAGAGGCGGAAGAAAACGAAGCGGAUUGGUCACAGUCACCACCGGCCUCUGUGGGCACCCCCAGAAACACUUCAGGCAAGGGCUUCGUCACUUUGUCUCCAGACGCGUUCCUUCCCAAGGAUAUCGCCAUGCAAGCAAAGACCGAAUUCUCGAAGCUUGGAAGCAGGAAGUCCGAGGGGGACGUCGAGCAUGAAAUUCAACUCGAUGAGGACCGCAUCAACGAUUCUUCACCAUCUCACCGACGCAUGACCAUCUCGUUUUCCUCUCCCAUUGCCUCCAUCAUCCAAGAUGUUGCGGCGGAAGACAUCGAUAGCCUCGAAGAUGAUGAAGGCAGCGUCAUCGAUUCCCAGUUCGUGCUUGAGGAGUCCAAGCGCAGCAAGUAUCAGAGCCUCACGAAGGCUGCUCGACGAAAUCUGCUGCAACCACGCCCUCGCACAGCCCCAGCUCGCGGCUCGAGACAGUUCUCUCUUCGCGGUCAGGCUUUCGUUCCACGGCCAGUUUCCAGGAUCGAUGAACGAGAUGAAGACAGUGUGGCCGAUGAGUAUGCCGAGGAGCGACAAGUCAGCAUUAUCGGCGACAAUAGUGCUCUUAGCCAUGUCUCCCACGACAACCAAGAGAGGAGCCUUAGCUUCCUUGUGAAGACGCCCGGCAAGACCAAGAACGGCGGCCUGUACCCAGACGUAGGCGCAUUCAUUAGCCACCAUGUCGGCAAUCUGUCACUCAGUCCCAUGUCAGAGUUCACGCUGAACCACCACGAAAAGUCCUUUGGCUUCGAAGUCAGCUACUUAGUGGACGAUCAGCGACUCGUCACUGGUGAUGGCUCCAAGAAGGUCAUGUCCAUGACAGUUCGCGAUCUGGUUGACCGGUUGACCGAGAUUGAGCCUUUCGAACCCUACUGGGAGGAUUUCACGGAACUCGACAUCAGCGAAAGGCGCCUGUCGAGCCUUCACAUGUUGGACGAAUUUUGUGGGCGCCUGGUCAGCCUUGAUGCAUCAAACAACUCCCUCGGCCACCUCGAUGGAGUGCCAGCAUCAGUUAGACAGCUUAAGAUGGCGAACAACAUGCUUAACGAGUUGACGUCGUGGGACCACCUUACCAACCUGCAAUACGUCGACAUAUCAAACAACGACCUCACCAGCCUGUCGGCUCUCAAGAACCUGGUUCACCUUCGCAGCUUAAAGGCCGACAACAACAAGUUGACAUCACUCGACGGACUCAAUAUGCACGAUGGAUUGUUGUCACUGCGUGCCCGCAACAACCAUAUCGAGGUGGCCGACUUUGAUGGCACGAAGCUGCAUCGGCUUACGGAGCUUGAUCUUGCGGGCAACAAGGUCAAGGAAGUGUUCAAUCUCGGACAACUCUCGUCACUGGAAGUACUCAAACUGGCGCGAAACAAACUUGACGCGUUCACCGCCGAAGAUGCUCAAGGUCUGGACGGCCUGCGAUAUCUCGAUUUGAGUGAUAAUGACAUUAUCGAACUCGACAUCAGUCGGUUGCCAGCCGUGCGGCUGUUGCACGCCGACAGAAAUCGCAUCACCAGCAUCACCGGCUUCGCCAAAGCCCGUCAUCUCGACAGCUUAUCCUUGAGAGAACAGCGGGGCGAUGGACAGCUGGAUCUCGGCUUCCUGUCUUCGGCGUACGAGGUUCGAAAGCUUUUUCUUUCUGGGAACUACAUUGGCGCUUUCGAGCCCAAGAUGGAUUUCCUCAAUUUGCAACUGCUCGAGUUGGCCAACUGUGGUCUUCACUGCCUGCCGGCAGGGCUCGGGCAGUUGAUGCCAAACCUGCGAUCGUUGAACCUCAACUUCAACGCCAUUGCAGACCUUUCACCUAUUCGAUUCGUUCCCCGUCUCAAGAAACUCCUUGUUGCCGGCAAUCGCCUGGCGGAUUCUACGACAGUCACGGAACUCCUGACGGACUUCCCGCACCUGACCCAAUUGGACUUGCGGGACAACCCAAUUACUCAGGGAUUCUAUCCGCCGGUGCAGGUCAUGGUUUCUGCGGAGCGGGGCAAUUUUACCGAUCCUUUUACCCUCCCGGAGGCAGACAAGGAGAGGGACGAGCUGUUCGCCAAACGUCUGGACGAAGCAACUCGUCUCCGGCGACGGCUGUACCAGGUUAUUUUCGUGGGUUGCUGCAAGAAGUUGAAGCUUCUUGAUGGGCUGUCCGUCAAGCGGCAACUCAUGCUUGCUCGCGACCCGGCCUUUCAGGCACUGGUGGAUGAGGGUCUCCUGCCCGGUGACGGCAGCAGCGCUCCGAAUGCGGCUGCGGCCGCGCCCAAAUCUCCGGCCAAGACUCCGGCCAAGACUCCGGCCAAGACCCCGACCAAGGGCUCGGUCAGGCCCCCGGGCAGGUCUUCGUUCAAGGCUCCGAGUGAGGCUGCGCCGAGAUCAUCACCCACCAUUCGGAUCACAGCCCCGGACAAGACCCCGGCCAUGUCUUCAACUGCCAAAAGCGCGGCGAGCAGCCGUUGGCACGCGGAAGACAGCUUCGCUUGA